AUGCAAUCGUUUGUACAUACAUCGAGCACAUGCUGCGCACGAUGCAAGCCCCCGAGUUUAGCAGCUGGUGCACCAACUUAUCUUUCGUUUAGCAAUCUUCCGGAUGACACGUCCUCUGGACGUGCUCGAUCAAUAAGAGGAUCAAGUACAGCUAGGCCGGUGGAAACGGAGCACGGACUGCAGCUGCCGAGGAGAAGGCUAAGAAGGAGAGGAGAAGGAGGAAACCAAGGGAAAGGAACAGCUGCUGUUCCCAGAACACAGGCAGCCGUGCUUCAAAGAAUCGUAGGCUUACUUGUGCGAGGCCAGGUGAAUCUUUUUGAUUUCGCGUGUGUCAUGGUCUUCAACAUGAGGUGCCUUGGCGAUGAUUCGGCAGAUGAUGGAAGAUGA